UUUGUUAAUCCCAAAAGCAAAACUUUAAAUUAAUUACAUAAUAUUGAGUUCCCUGUGCUACUAUUAAAAAAAACAAAACACCAAACCCCACAAAAACUCCUUUUUACAUACAGUUCAUGUCUCCUUGACAAGCUUUUUCUGUACAGCUAUUUCAGACAGUGGUUAAGUUCAACACCCUGAGUUUGGGCUCUUGACACUUGGAUAGUAGUGGAAGAAGGGAGAUAAUACAGCUAGUCUGGAUGUUGCCUCUUGGACAGAGACAGAUGCUGCCUGAAAUUAUCAGGGAGUUUUGAACAACUUGACUCUAAAGCAGCAGGAGUCUUGCUGUCCUGUACCAACAGGUUUUACGCAGUGGCCAAUACCUUUUUGAGUGUGUUAAUAUGUAAAUCAAUAGAGAAACAUACUUACCUUUUAAUUAAGUUUUAAAUUUAUUAUUCUCUUGAGGUGAGUGCUUGUUGGAGAUAUUGCAGGGAAGUAUAGGGGAGGUUGUUUAUUUGCAGGCUUUUAGUUGCAUCUGAUAAUGGCUAUGAAGUUAAUUUUUUUUUAUUGAGAACUUAGAUUCUGAGGCGCUCUUGUACAUCACUUAAUAGAAUUAGAAGAAAUGAUUGCUGAGAUGGGCAUAUUCUUUAUGGUAACAAAGGUCCACAUAGUUUGUUUAUCGCUCUAGGGAAGAACCUGGAAUCACACGCAGCACAUCUUACACAUUAUUGUAUUGCAUGGGAAAACUCUUUCCUUCUUUAGUAUGUUAAUAGAUUACAGACUGGACUGCUCUGCCAACAGCCCCUAUGUCUUUUUGCUUGUGGACAUGAUAAUGGCUAUUUUAACCAAGAUCUCUUCUCAUCAAUGUUCCCUUCCUGUAUCAGUCUGCUAUUUUGGGAAGCAAACAACCAAAGCCUUUUCUUCUAAAAUUGUCAGGUGGUGCUCUAACUUCUACUGUAUGGACUCUUGCUCAGUAGCAUGGGAGAAGAGGAAGGACUACAUCAAACACAAUUACUGAGGUUAAGCAUGCCAGUAGAAACUCGUGAGGAGCGAGGAGAAACUGCCUCUCCAGUAGGUGAAAUACAGCCGUUGAGAUGUUUGCUUCUGUGCGAAGCAGCGGCUCCUGACUUCCAUCAAGUGUGGAGCUUAAUGGGAGCCAGGAGCUGGGAGCCCCUGCCUCUCCGAUGCCAUGACUUGUGGACCUGCUCACCCCUGGUUCCCGAGUGCCGUCUUUGGGACCCAGUCCAUAUGCUCCUGACCCUUGUUGUACCACACUGGCCAUUCUAUAACCUGGACACAAUGUUUGUGCGAGGAUUAAAGAGAAAAUGUUUUGAUGGCGAAGAAGAUAUUGAAGGAACUCUGGCUGGUAUUAAGGCUAUUCCUUCAUAUAAUCUUCAGCGGCAGUCACUUUUAGAUAUGUCCUUGGUUAAACUUCAGCUGUGUCACAUGCUGGUUGAACCUAACCUUUGUCGUUCGGUACUUAUAGCCAACACGGUACGGCAGAUCCAAGAGGAAAUGACUCAAGAUGGGACUUGGCAGAUGAUAAAUACACAGAGUACAGGGCAGGCAUCCCUGGAUCGUCUUGUUUCAACAGAUAUCCUCUGUCGUUCAUCUAGGGAGCAAGCUGAGGGAAAGCAUGUUCCAGGCUAUAGUACUUUCAAUAAAGACUUUGAGGGUGACCAGGCACAAGAUAGUUCAGAAACUAUGUCAGCAGCCUCUUCAGUGCAAGCUCCGAGAAACAUGCAGAGCAACAUAUGGGAAAUGGAGAAUCCACAGGAAAAUAAAGGAAACUUUCAAAAAUCAUUAGAUCAAAUAUUUGAGACACUGGAGAAUAAAAGUCCUAAUUCUGUUGAAGACCUGUUUUCAGAAGUUGACAAUUCUUACUAUGAUCUUGAUACUAUGUUAACAGGCAUGAUGAGCAACACAAAAAUGGGACACUGUGAUGGGCUUGAAACGUUUUCUUCUCCCACAACCGCAGCUUCUAACUCUAAUUGUAAAUCUGAUCUUAAUGAGCUUGAUCAUAUUGUGGAAAUCCUUGUUGAAUCCUGAAACUCCUUGUGUAGGGGAUAAAGAUCUGUUAAUAGGAAGAAAAGACUCUAGAAAGCUAUUUCCACAGUUUGUUCUAUCAAAUCUCUGCACAUGUAUUUUACACAUAUCUAUAUAUUAUAUAGAUAUAUAUAUAUUAAAAAGCACUUCAUAUUGCAAAAUAGUGUUAACUCUUGAAGUUAACCUGCAACUUGUAGUGUAAUCCAAUUUAUUGCCCAUUGAACUGUAAGUACAUACGGUAAAUAUUUUUUAAGUUUGGGGUCCAAGGCUCUUGAAAUUGGGUUCCCUUUACCAAUUUGUUUCAGCCUUUGAUGGAGGAUAUACUCAGUGAGAGAGAUUCUCUCAUCUUUUUCUUAUACUCCUCCCAGUAAAAAUGGUAAUAAACAUAGAGAGAAGUUGGGUAACUGGUUUCUUAUUUUCCUCCGGUUUCCACUUUGUUACACCACAGAACUUCUACCAUAUCUGCUGCUUCUGUUCUAAGUCGCUACAUGGCUCUUAAAGAGCAGUAUGCAAUAGUUCUUGUUAUCCUAGCUAGCUUAUUCGUGGUUUUGCCUACAAUUUUUACUUCAAAAAUAGUUUUAAAGUGUUUAUUGGUGUUUAGAUUUUUCCAGGUAUUUUCCUAAAAUAUAUUUUUACUACAGAUGUUAUGUCAGCUGCUAACUUAGUAACUUUUGAUCAUAUCUGCAGUUGAUGUAUUUUUUGAAAGAUUUUCAAAAAGGGAUGUUUUUUUUACUGUGAGCUACCCAAUGUAGUUCAGUAAAGUGUAUGUAAAUGUAAAUAUAUGAUUUUAUACUUUACAUUAAAAUGUAAGAGCUGUUUUCAUGAUUCUGUUUUAUAGAGUAGUACUUUACUAAAUUGAGAAUUGUACAAUUAUGCUUUCAUACCCCGUAUACUUGAGUAUCAUUAGAGUAAGAGCUUUGAUCCAGCUAGAUACAAUUACAUUUAAUUCAUUUCAGACCAUGCUUUUUUUAACUAUGAACCUAAAUUAUGUAGGUUUUUAUUUAUGUGUAUUUAUAUGUAAAUGUCAUCAAGUGAAUUGUUUAUCACUGAAGUCUACCAUCAAAUAUUUGUUUAUAUGGGAUAACUAUCUUGCACUAAUUACUACAAAAAGUGUUAUUAGUGGCCUUUAAAUAUCAACUGGUAUGUCAUGAUGUCUUGUCAUAAUUAAUAUGCUCCACUCUUACCAAGGGUUUCCUCUUGGCUUUUUUUAAUAACAAAAAAAUAAUACAACAUGGGAUGGUGUUCUGUUCUUAAAGUACUCACAUUAGGAGUGUAUAUAAUUAAGCUUACCCCAAUGAGACUUUUUCAGGGGAAAGAGUUAGAUGAAGUACAGGGUAGGAUUUUGUUACAAAAUGAAAAUGUUUACCUUCACAAGCAGGUACUGGGGAAGAGCCCUCAACUAGCAGGGAGGUAGAGAAGAGUGAAAAGGUUGAUUGGUUUCUGGACUGUGUUAGCAUUGGUUGUGCCAGGGGAAGACACCUGCCAGUAACUUGGUAGUUUUGUGUAGACUGAACCCAGCAAGUAGCUGAACAUGAAGAGACUACGUUCUGCGUCUGACAGACUCUGCCUUCCCACAAGUGGCCUUACCUACUGUGCACUGCCCUUUUCAGGUUCUGAAACCCCUAAAAAGGAGAGGGUGGGGGCAGGGGAGUGUUUCCAGUGUCACCUCCGCAAAAGGAGACCACAGAGCAUAUGAUUUUAACAAGUGCUUUAGAAGGAUCUGGUUUGAGGAAAAAUGCUAUAUUUUUCAAACUCGACAGCUGAAUGCAUAUUAGCACAGUUGCAUGAAACCAUGCAGUUGGUGUGAGUCUUUAGUGGAUUUGAAAAUGUUUCUUGUAUUAAACUUGGCAUGAGAUAA